UACUUGUUUUCGUUGGGAAAUAUAAAAAUAAAUAUUUCGUUUAAUAAAAAGUAUUUAAGUAUUACCAAAAAAAAAAAUAUGUGAAAAGUUAAUGAAAUAGUAAAAUGUUUUGCAUUUAUUAAAAAUAACUCAAACGAGACUUCGACUUCAUAGAUGCUGUUGCUUCAUUUCAUUAACAUGAAAGUGUGUGUGUGUGUCAGUAAAUAAUUUUCCGUCAAUGUCGACUAUAAUACCAAGAUGCCUAAAAAUAGAACUUUGAUAUAUCUUCUAUUGCUGUUAGCCAAUAGUGUGCUAAUCAUAUCAGGCGAUACAAAUUAUCCACCAUCAUUUGUUAAUUUUAAAAAUAAUGUAGUUCUCUCCGAGAACACUCCAGUUGGUACAGUAGUAAAUCAAUUAGAAGGAUCCGAUCCUGAAAAUAGCAAAGUUACAUUUGGCUCCAUAGUUUCGGAACAUUUUGAAGUUGAUCCUGUAUCGGGAACAGUAACUUUAAUAAAACCUCUCGAUCGUGAGGAGAAGGAAUCUCUUACGUUUUUAGUAACCAUCAGAGAUCAAGUAAGUCCAGAUGGAGAAUCAGAGUCGGAUAAUAUUGUACAACAGCCGCUAACAUUUAUAAUAGCCGAUGAGAAUGAUAAUGCGCCAGAGUUUUUCAAUACACCGUAUGGCGCGGACGUGCCCGAAGACACACCAAUUGGAACUGUUAUAUUCAGUUCUAUUUUAGUCAAGGAUCGUGACUCUGUUGGAGAAAGUUUAGAUAUAAAAUGUGUUGCUCAGUCACAAUCACCAGAUGCCUGCGACAAAUUCCGUUUGGAUAUUGUUUCGCGUGAACCUUCGAUACUCACCGCCAACGUUUCCUUAAAUGAAGCUUUAAAUUACAAUCAACGUACCAUAUAUCAUUUCCUCAUAGAAGCCACGGAUGGCGUUCAUCAAACCCAAACACAUUUCGAAGUGAGGGUUAAGGAUAUUCAAGAUAAACCUCCUGUGUUUUUGGAAUACAAAUCAAAUGUUAUUGAUGAAGACAGCCCAAUUAAUACGUUGGUCUUAAGGAUACAAGCUAGGGAUGGUGACACGGGAGAACCAAGAAAAAUUGUCUACGACCUACUCACAAAUGCCAUGGACUAUUUUCUCUUGAAUGAACAUACGGGAGAAUUGCGCACAGCAAAACCUUUAGAUCGUGAAGCUUUGCCUGAUGGUUCGGGCAUCAUCAAAUUGACAGUUCGCGCCCGAGAAGUUGUGAAUGGCGUACCAAGCAAUGAUCCCAUGGAGAGUAGUACUACGAUAGUGACUAUUACCAUACGUGAUGUGAAUGAUUCACCUCCCACAUUUAACAGCAAAGAAUAUGAGGUGUCUUUGCCAGAAAACACUGCUACAGGCACCCCUUUGGCUUUGGACAUGAAUGUUACCGAUCGUGAUGUGGGAAUCAAUUCCAAAUUUUCUUUACGUUUAGAAGAUGUUUCCGAUGUAUUUGAGGUGGAGCCGAAGUUGGUAACGGGCUUCUCUCAAGUGCACAUACGUGUGGCAAAUGGCAGUCUGGAUUAUGAAAAUCCUAAUCAAAGAAAAUUCAUCGUUUUGGUUAUAGCUGAAGAAACCGAUACCAAUCCUAAACUUAGCUCCACAGCUACUAUAACAGUUUCGGUAUUGGACGUAAACGAUAACAAGCCUAUUUUUGAAGAGCAAUCAUAUUCUGGUUCCAUAUCGGAAUCUGCACUACCUGGACAGUAUAUAACUACUAUUACAGCCAAGGAUUUGGAUUCGGGUAAUUUUGGUGAUGCCGGAAUACGCUACAGUUUAACGGGAAAUGGUGCCAGUUUGUUCGAUGUUAACGAAAAGACAGGUGUGAUAACCCUGGCCGAUUGUAAUAAAAAGAUGCCAUCUUUAAGCACUCGCAGAAGACGACAAUUGGGCAAUUAUUUAAUGAGUUACCAAAAUGAUGAUGAAGUACACAACGAUGCCAAUUUCGAGUAUAAGCUAAUAAGAACACCCGAUGCUGUUGAGGUUAACAAUGAGUUGAUGGCUGAACACAGUGAAGGCACCAAAAAUUGUUUAGACUAUGAAACAGAAACCACAUAUUUUUUGGCCUAUAAUGCUCGAGACGAUGAAGGACGUGGCCAGAAUUCUGUUGUUUCAUUGCGCAUUUCGGUUACCGAUGCUAACGAUUCUCCACCUAUAUGUGAAAGUCCGCACUAUCGUGCCUCCGUGGAUGAAGGAUCUCAUGCUUUUGACGCUCCAUUAAUAGUAAAGGCUCGCGAUGCUGAUACAGUAUCUGAUAUAACUUAUAGUAUUGUUGGCGAUAAACACAUUCAAGAUACGUUUGUAAUUGACAAGGAAACGGGACAUAUCACCAUACGUCCAAAUGCCACUUUAGAUGUUACCCAUUUAAACAAUGAUAAUCUGGUAUUUUCUGUUGAAGCCAAUGAUGGUCUUUUCACUGCAAAUUGCAUGGUCAACAUUACUGUUAGGGAUGUAAACAAUCACAAGCCUAGAUUUUUAUUCAAUGAAUACAAGGCUGAGGUGGAAGAAAAUUCCGAGAUUGGACGCAGUGUGGAUAAGCUACAAGCUGAGGAUUUGGAUUCUGGAAUUAAUGCCCAGCUGAAGUAUCGCAUACAACAGGGAAGUUUCGAUGAUUUUCGCAUUGAUGAGAAUACUGGUGAGGUGUUUGUUUCACGCAAAUUGGAUUACGAUAAACGCAAUUCCUAUGAGAUUGAAGUGAUUGCCAUGGAUAUGGGUACACCCAGUUUAUCGGGCACUGCUACAUUGACUGUGGAUAUAUUGAAUAGCAACGAUAAGGAUCCCUAUUUCACACCAGCUACACAACAUGCAGAGGUGCGCGAGGACACCAUUGUUGGCACCAUUUUCUAUACCCUGGUUGCAAUUGAUCCCGAUGUAUCUUCUAGAGAUGCCUUAGAAUUUGCUGGCGUUAAUAUCACCGCCGUAGAUAAAGAUGGCAACGAAGUGGAGAAUAGUGAACAAUUUAAGGAAUAUUUUACGAUAACACGUAGCGGCAACGUUAUUGUUAAUAAGAAACUCAAUAGGAAUUUAUUUGCUGUUAUAAGGAUAAAUGUAUUGGUAACCGAUAGCACAGCACCCACAGUACAGCAGGGUAUGGGCCUUUUAAUCAUACAAAUCAUUGAUGUCAAUGAGGUGGCUCCGAAAUUUAGUCUACCUUGGACUAGUGAAAAUCCUGUGAUAAAACUACAAAUGGUUGAAGAACAGCCAUUGGGCUCUGUUCUCACCACACUCCAGGCUUACGAUGAAGACUCCACUAUUGGAGAGUAUGAUAUUUCGAAAAAUGAUUAUUUUGAAAUAAACAAAACAACGGGCAUAAUAACACUGACCAAACGCCUGGAUUAUGAGACAAUAAAGGAGGUUAAGUUUGUGGCCACGGUUAGUGAUACUGGCAUACCGCCGCUAACUUCUACAGCCGAUGUUAUUGUAGAUGUGAUCAAUCUAAAUGAUAAUGAGCCGCAGUUCACAGAAAACGAAUAUUAUUUUAAUAUUACCGAAAAUACUCAAGUUGGAACAGUGGCUGGCAGAGUAGAGGCUUUCGAUAAAGAUCUGGGGGCCUUUGGGGAAAUCACAUAUUCCCUUAUAGGAGAGAAUAACAAAUAUUUCACAAUUGAUUCCUAUACAGGCAAUAUAAUGGUGGCCGAUUCAUCGAUAUUGGAUCGUGAGAAAGUCAAGCAAAUAACAUUAACAGUAGUGGCUAAAGAUAAAGCACCAAAUCCAGUCUCCAAAUCCACAUCAGCUGCGAUCCAUUUAAAUAUUUUGGAUGUCAAUGAUAAUGCUCCGGAAUUUACCCAAAACGAGUAUACAUCUACGGUGGCGGAGAAUGCCGCUCUAAAUCCACCUGCUGCCAUUUUACAAGUCAAAGCCUUUGAUUUGGAUGAGGGCACUUUUGGAGAUGUGCGUUAUUACAUAAAAACCGGCAAUGACGAACAGCUAUUUCGCCUAGAUUCUCAAAGCGGCAUUUUGUAUCCCGCAAGAAGUCUGAAUGGCCAAAAGGGCAUAUAUGAGUUAAUGAUAUCUGCCCGCGAUGAGCAGGGUCAUGGACCCAUAGAGGCAAUAACCAAAGUUAUUAUCAAUGUUAUGGGAGUGAAUCAACAUCGUCCCGUUUUCCUAAUACCAGCUUCUUCGAAUGCCACCAUUGAAAUACCCGGGGAUGUUGUUGCCAAGGAUUACUUGAUAUUAACCGUUAAAGCUGCAGACAAUGAUACCGAUGAGAAUGGCAAAAUAUUUUAUCACCUGCAAGUCAAGGAUCAAAAUCUUCAAGAGACAGACGAAUUUAAAAUCGACGCUGAAAGCGGAGAAUUAAGAACCAAUGGCGAUCUGCAACGCAAAGAAAAGGCAAACUAUGAUUUAAUUUUGGUGGCCCGAGACAAUGGUAAUCCCAAACCAUUUGAAACCUUACGUUUCCUAACAAUCAGUAUUAUCGAUGCAAAUGAAAACAGGCCCGAAUUUCCCGAUGCCAGUAAUCCUUACAAAAUUUCCAUUAUGGAAAAUAAUGAACGCAAUGUUAAAAUUGGCAAAAUUCAAGCCACAGCACGAAACAAACACAAUAGAGAUGUUUUCUAUUACAUGCUGUUGGGCAAUGAAGAUGGCGCUUUUGUGGUGGACAAAACUACGGGAGAUAUAUAUACAAACAAGACCUUGGACAGAGAAAUAACCGAUUUCUAUACCCUAUAUAUCUUGGCUAGUAUUAAGCGAGAUCUACACAUAUCGGAUGAAGAGAGGGCUGCCUUCUCCAUCAAAACAUUGGAUCGCGAUAACACGGUGGCCAAAGUUAUUAUUACCGUUCUAGAUGAGAACGACAAUGCACCUCUGUUCGAAACCGAAGUUUACUAUGCCGGUGUCAAUGCCAAAGCACAAAGCGGCACUGUCAUUACCACAGUGAAUGCAACAGAUGCAGAUGCUGGAAAGAAUGCCCAUGUGGAGUAUAUGAUAACAACUUCCAAUUUGUAUAAGUUUGGCGCCACCAAGAGCAUGGGAUCCAUAGUUCCCAGUCCUUUUACCAUCUCACAAGAUGGUAAAGUCUCAACGGGAGGCUUUGUGGCCGAAUACAAUCAAGAUCGUUUCGAAUUGGAAAUUGUGGCCAAAGAAAUGGAGGAGCCAAAGCGUUCAGCAAGAACUAAAGUGAUUGUAUGGAUUUAUGAUUACAGUCAACUUGUGCGUGUCAUACUUUCCCGCCCACCCGAUGAAGUUUACCAACAGCAAGAAGAAAUUGUAGCAGAACUACGAAAUGCCACACAACAUCGCAUAAUAGUUGAUGAAAUUCGUUAUCAUGUGGACUCAAUGACAAGAGUUCGUGUCGAUUGGACAGAUUUGUAUUUCCAUGCGGUAGACUCAAAUACCCAACAAAUUUCUCCGGUAGAUGAAAUACUGAAAGUCAUAGAUGCCAAUUAUGAUUAUUUAAGGGAUUAUUAUGCUGGUUUUGCUAUUGAGAAUGUGGUUCCAGCUUACAUAACAAUUGUCCAAGAGGAAUUUGAUUUGGCUGUGGCUGGACUUGUUGCUUUGGUUAUUGUUUUAUUCGUAGGCGUUGUUAGCUUUAUUGUAUUGUGUUGCUGUUUGAAACAUUGGAAUUUGUCUGUUCCCACAGAAAAUCGAAGAAAAGAAGCUUUAAUCAAAAAACAAAUUAUCGAAGAUUUAAAUACAACGGAAAACCCUCUGUGGAUUGAGCAAAAACUCAAAUUGUAUGAAGAACAAGAACUUACAAUGCAAGUUUUUUCAGAACCCGACCAUAUAUCCAAUUCGGAUAUUCAGGGACCCAUGGAUCACUGUGGUUCAAUGGAGCAGCAACACGUUGUAGACAAUACAUAUGCCACCAUACAACCACGUAAUCAUGGAGCUGGUAAUGGGGCAGGCAUGGGUGGAAAUAGUCCAAACCCCAAUAUGGGUUCAAAUAAUCAUGGUCGAAUCGAUCCUCAUAUGACAGAUUUUGCUGACUAUGCUACAUUGCGCAAUAAUCGUGUACCAUCGAUGUUUGAAUUUACUGGAUCAACUUUCCAGGCACCAAUUAGGGAUGGUGAUGAUGUUGUCACCGAAUUAAUAUAAAAAUCGCCAAGAAUAUAUAGAAAGUAUUUAGAAACUAAUUAAUCACAUACAUAUAAGUAGUAACACGAAUAUACAAAAAGAACUCAACACAUUUUUAUAUGUAUAUUAUUCAAUCAAUAUAUAUAUAUAUAUUAUAUAGUAUCAUAUAUUGUUCAAUAUAUACAUAUAUACCAUGCAUAGAACAAAUUAAAUAGCCAAGGCAGCUUAAAUAUUAAAGAAGAAAGUAUUAAUUUUUACAAUAGUUUUCUAGAUUUUUUGCCUUAGCUAUAUAACGACAAUAAAGUAGGGAAACUAUUAGACUUACAGGUCAUUUAUGAUCGUUUUUGCAUCCCGAAUAUAUUUAUUAAAUUUGAAACUCGAAAAAUUUGUAUUAAGAUUGCGCAAAUUAGAGGCAUAUUAAGGGAAUUUUGAUAAUAAGCAAUUAAAAUUAUUUGUAAUGUGUCAAAUAAAUGAGAACAAAUAACGAAAUUCGUUAUCGCUGCGAACACUAUAAACACUAUUUAAAUAAAUUCAUAAAAUAUAUAUUAACUCGAAAAUUUUAUUGUAGAAUAUCAAACUAUUUUUGAUAAAUAUUUUUUUUAAUAUGUUGCUCUGAUUUAUUUAUCCCUUUUAGUAUCAAACCAAGUCCAUCCAAAAUACAUAAUUUUAGUUAAUAAUUUAAUUUUUAUUUUUUAAGCUAACAUUUGUACUAGUUUUUGUUUUAAUUUGAUCAUGUUAAGCCAUUCUUGCUAUAUG